AUGGAAUCUUCUCAAUUUUCAGCGCUUCUUGAGUUUUCCAAAUGUAACACCAACCAGCUCACACGGGAGGUCGUUUUACUUUGCGCUUGGGAAUUUCCUAAAAAUUGGCCAGAACACUUCUUGAUGUACCAGAUGAACAUCCUGAAAGUCUCAACCUGCACAAUUUCCUUGUUUUCGAGAAAUAAGGGUCUAAAGCCCGAAAUAGCCUAUGUUAAUAAAUUCUAAGGGUUUUUCUUGACUUUGAGUCCGAAUUUUUGAAAAACUGGAGAGUUGAAACUCUCAGAAUCUUCCUCAUCUGGCCAAUUUUCAGGAAAAUCUCAUCCGUAAAGUAAAAUGACUUGUCAGCCGUUUGCAGUUGAGCAUCAAAAAUAAAAAAAUAUAAAUUCACUUCGAUCUCUGAAUAAAAUAUUUUCAGAUCGGCAUCGUUGGAAUCACGGCCAACUGGACGGUGGUCUUCGUUCAGCGACGUGUUUCAGCACUCCAAAACUCCUUCGGAAGACUUUCGGCCACUCAGGCGCUCGGAGAUGGCAUACAUUCUACCAUCUUUUCUGUCUUGUCUAUGCCCCAAUGCUCAUGUUGUGAGUUUGAAAUUGAAAUAGCUCAGGAAGGUGUAGAUGAUCUUAGGGUUUCAAUAUUCAAGACUUCUUUUUCUGUUCAAAUCAUAAAAAAUUUAGUGACAUCAAAAUGUUACGGGAAAACUCUCAACACAUUGGCUUUGCACUUCUCGUUUGCUUCGACAUCAGCGUCUUCUCUCAUCUUUUUAUAUCGUUGAACCGGUUCUGCGCUAUAUUUUUUCCAAUCAAGUACGAGCAGAUAUUCAAGUAGGUUUUUGCAAAAUAAGUCAUUGUUUCCCUUUAAAAAAAAAUGUGUACCACGACUUGGAAUUUCACUGAACGACAUUCCGCUGUGCCGCUGCGCGGUUUUUAUUUUUAUUUUUCUUUUCAUUAAGGUAUUCUACUUUCAUGUGCUCCCACAGCAAUAAUAAUCAAUUGAAAGCGCUGACCUAUAUUCGAAAGACGCUUCGCGAACGCACGCAGCGGAACAGCGGAACAGCGGAAUGUCGUUCCGUGAAAUGGCACACAGACUAUAAUACAAUGUUCAGUUAUUUCAACACUACAAUCAUGAUCGCUUUCACCUUGAUCGUGUCCGUCGUUUCCACGUUUUACUUCUACGAAUACGGUUCAAAAAGUUCCCCAAGGUCUUUUCAAGUCGAAAUUUCUAGAAGACUGUUCUCUCAUCCACAUCGAUCAACUGCGGCUAUUCGCCUUUGCGACGACACCGACCUGUGUUAUGAUCUCUUGGUACAACGCCUUCCUGAAAAGUGUUUCUUUGGUGAUAUUUAUCGUGGCGGUGGAUGUCGCGACGGUCGUCAAGGUUCGACUCACUAAUAAUCAGGUUCGUCUUUUCAGAAAAAUAGAGAAAAAGUAUAAAAUUUAGAUUUAUUCGGAUCACAAGUACAGCUCGAGACGCCGCAAAAAUGACAUCAACUUUUUGAAACAGGUCGGAUUUUUCACCGAGUUUUUCACAGCUUUUUAUAAAGUUUCUAAAAUACGGCUUUCCAGGCUUGUAUGCAAGCUUUCCUCUUCGUUUGCGACCUGCUGUGCAAUUUUAUUUUCACUCCCUUGAUUCCACCCGGAUGGAUCCUUUUCUUCAUGUCUAUGGUUGUCUGGGAAUCUGCACACUGUCUGGAUGGGUAG